GUCGGAAAAAUGGCGGCACUGCUGCUGCAGGAGUUGGAGGCUUCAGAGAUAACCAAGUUACCAAAAACCAUUCAAAACAAGCUUGAGAGGAUUCUUUCGGAUCAGCAAUAUGAAAUUGAUUCUUUGAAAGCACAACAAGAACAAUUUCGGGUCGACAGCGAACAAGACUUCUUUGAAAAGGUGAAACAACUGACUCAGUGUCAGGAGGAUUUUUUGUCCCUGACUCAAGAACACUAUAAACUCAAAGAGGAGUCUAAUAAGCAAGAGGAGGAAGUUAAAAGUCUGCGUGACAAAAACAAAGAAUAUGAAUCCACUCAAGAAAAGCUGUCCUCAGAGCAGACUUUGCUGUCAAAAGCCAAAGAGGAACUGGAGGCAGAAAAGCGAGAACUUUUGCGGACACUGGAGAGAAGAUCCUUGGAAGUUGAACAUUUAAAUGACGACUUCAGGCAACUCAAUGAUAAAUUGGUGGAAGUCAACACCUCUAAGAUGACUCUGCAGAUGAAGCUGGAUGAACUUGAAUCAGCUGAAGUCAACAUAAAAUACAAAGAGAAGCGUAUGGAACAAGAGAAGGAGCUGAUGAAUGGCCAAGCAUCUUGGCUGAAUGAGGAACUGAAGGCUAAGAGUGAGGAACUGCUGUCCAUGUCCCGACAGAAGGGAAAUGAGAUCCUGGAACUGAAGUGCAACCUGGAAAACAAGGAAGAUGAGUUGAACAGACUCCAAGACCAAGUGGCCAGUUUGAAGACUUCAAAUGAGCACCUUCAGAAACAGAAUGAAGACAUAAUUGGCAAACUCAAAGAAGCCAAGGAACAACAAGCCACCAUGGAGGAAAAAUUCAGAAACGAGCUGAAUGCCAACAUUAAGCUCUCUAAUCUAUACAAGGGAGCAGCAGGAGAUUCUGAGGCAAAAAGUGAAGAGCUGAGUCAGGCAGUGGAGGAGCUGCAUAAGCUGCUGAAGGAUGCUGGAGAAGCCAACAAGGCCCUUGAGGAGAAGUUGCAGGAGAUGAAUGGUGCCACAGACAAGAGUGUUGCUGAGCUAAAGGAGAGAAUCCAGGGUCUUGAGAAAGAGCUGGACAAUGCAAAUGAGCUGCUAUCAAGUUCUAAAUUUAGAGGCCCUAUUGGUACCACACCUGUGCUCACAGAAGAGCAAAUGACAACAAUGUCUCCAACAGCAGUCGCUGUAUCCAAGAUAAAGCCCGGCAUGAAGCUGACUGAGUUGUACACAGCAUAUGUGGAGAGUCAGGAGCAGCUGCAGCUGGAGCGAUUGGAGAACAAGCGGGUCAACAAGUACCUGGAUGACAUUGUGCAGGAAGUCGAAGCAAAAGGCCCAAUCCUAAAACGGCAGAGGGACGAACAUGAGCGCAUGCAGAAGUCAGUGGCCAGUCUUUCUGCCAAGCUGGAGCAGGCUGUUAAGGAGGUGCACCGUCUGCAGAAGGAAGCAGAUGAAGCUAACAAGCGGUCCUCUGUUCUUGAAAGGGACAACCAGAGGUGUGAACUGCAGCUGGGAGACAUGGCUCAGCAGGUGCGUGUGCUGUUGAUCGAGCUGGAAGAGGCUCGUGGAAACCAUGUACUUCAUGAGGAGGAGGUGAGCUCAGCCGACAUCAGCAGCACAUCAGAGGUGAUCAGCCAACACCUGGUGACCUUCCGCGGUGUAGAGGAGCUGCAGAAGCAGAAUCAGCGUCUUCUGGUGGCUCUCAGGGAGCUCGGUGAAACCCAGGAGAAGGAGGAGUUUGAGGCCACUGGCAAUAGGCGUGGUGAGCUGGAGCAAAGUUUGGAGAAAGCCCAGUCGGAGCUAGACUCCCUGAAGGAACAGCGUGGCCAACAAAUUAAGAUGACUGAGUCCAUUGUGAGGCAGAGGGACAUGUACCGCAUGCUGCUGGCUCAGGCAACUGGAGUCAACUUCCCACAACAAGGUACACCACCCGAGGAGUUCUCCCUGACCUCCACCCCCCGACGCUCACCUGCAGCCAUUCCCACCACAGGAACACCCACUGCACUUGUCUCCAUGGCAGCAGAGUCUACUGAAGCCUUGGAGGCCAAGGCAGCUUUGCGACAGUUGCAGGAAGUGUUCUCCACCUAUAAGAAGGAGCGUAUGGAGAGCGACAAGGGAAUGACGGAGCAGAACGAGAAACUCCAGGAGCAGCUCUCCGAUCUCCACUCCCAGAAUGCAAAGAUAUCCACCCAGUUAGAGUUUGCCUCCAAGAGGUAUGAGAUGCUGCAGGACAACGUCGAGCGCUACAGGAAAGAGAUUGCUUCCCUCAGUGAAAAAGGACAGAAGAUGGCUGCUUCCACACAAAAGCAUGAGCAGACCAUCCACACUUUGAACGAAGAUUUGAGAGCUGCCAAAGAGAAACUCAACAUGGCCGAGGGCCGUGCUGAGACCCUGCGUAAGGAGAGGGACAUGCUGAAGCUGGUGGAAUCCAGGCUGAAUCAGGAGAAGGAAUCGAUCAUGGGCCAACAACAGAGUCAGAACCUGCUGCUGACCAACCUCCAGGCCAUUCAGGCCACCCUCGAGCGUUCAGAGACCGAUACACGUCAGCGUCUAAACAGCCAGUUGGAGAAGCAGGAAAGGGAGAUCUCCCAGCUGCAGAAGAGGCUGGAGCAAGAAGUUGAACAGCGCCACCUGCUCAGCAGAAACCAGGAAAUUCAGCUGAUGGAGGCGAAGAGGCAGCUGGAGCUACAGAUAACAUUACACCAGAAGACCAAGGAGCUGCUGAAUGCUGCUGAGUUGGAGCUCAACACCCUCAGGCUGCAGCUCGGCAGCGGCGAAGCACGCCACAUCCUAAGCACUCCAACCACUCCCAUUAUCAGAGGACUGCCGGGUUCUGAUCAGGAAAGAGAGGACUUACAGGGCCGCCUGCGGCUGGCUGAAACCCGGGCCGAGGAGCUGACAGAGAGCCUCAGGGCAUGCACGUCCAGCGUGGAGCAGUACAGAGCCAUGGCUCAGAGCCUGGAGGAGUCGUUGGACAAAGAGAAGCAGGUAACAGAGCAGGCACGCUCAUCCAUUGAAGCUCGUAUGAAGGAGGCUGAGAAGCAGCAUCACAGGCUGGAGGAGAAGGUUCUGGAAGCAGAGAAAGAGAAACAGAAUUUGGAGGAGCAGAAGAGGAGAGCCCUGGCCUCCCUGGAGGAACAGCUGAACAGUCUUAAGAAAAGUCUCAGCAGUGCUCAGGCAGAUCACCAGGCAGUGCUGCAGCAAGUGGCAGUAGCUGAAGCCCAGCAGAAGCAGGCUAUACAAGACAGCCAGGAGCAGGCUAAGCUGGCAGCCGAAGCACAAGAUAAGUAUGAGCGGGAGCUGAUGCUUCAUGCAGCCGACGUGGAGGCCCUGCAGGCUGCUAAGGCUCAGGCCCUGCAGGCUGUGGAGCUCAGACUCCAACUGGAUGAGAGAGCCCAGAGGGUCAGCGCUGAGCUGCUGGAGGCCAGGGUCUCUUGGGAGGAGCAGGAAAAGAUCUUUAAGGAGGAGAUGUCGAAGAUGGAGACCCGCCAUGAGGAGAUGCAGAGGCAGAACACACUCCUGCAUGAGCAGAUCCAGACGAUGAGCAGCAAGAUGGCUGAGAAGUUGCAACGUGCUGCCAGUGAGAGCCCCAUGAACAUCUCCCUAACUGAGGAGGGCAGAUCUCAAGACCAAGUCCUUGAGAUUCUUAGAUUUGUGCGUCGGGAGAAGGAGAUUGCAGAGUCUCGAUUUGAGGUUGCCCAAGGGGACAGUUUGCGUUAUCGUCUGAGGGUGGAGCACCUGGAGCGAGAGCUGAAGGAGGUGCAGGACGGCUUGAGUGCUGCAAAGGAGAGGAUGCAGGUGACAGCUAAGACCCUGGCUCAGCAUGAUGAGCUGAUGAAGAAGACGGAAACGAUGAGCAUCCUGAUGGAGUCCAACAAGAUGCUGAGAGAGGAGAAGGACAAAAUGGAGCAAGAACUGCAGCAAACCCAAGCUAAGAUACAAAAGCUGGAGUCAGACAUCAUGCCACUGAAGCAGGCCAACUCUGAGCUGAGUGAGAAGAGCGGCAUGCUGCAGGCGGAGAAGAAGAUCCUGGAAGAGGAGAUCAAGCGCUGGAAAGCUCGGACCCAGAAUUUGGUGAGCCAGCAAAAAGAUUCAGAUCCAGAAGAAUACAAACGUUUGCACUCUGAGAAAGAGGCACAUGUCAAACGCAUUCAGCAGCUCACUGAGGAGACCACCAGACUGAAGGCAGAAGCUGUCAGGACAAAUAAUCUAAACACAAGCCAGAUACAGAGCUUGCGAGACAAUUUGAGUAAGAUAACUGAUGAAAGGAAUAAGCUGAAUAAGGAUGUGGAGACCAAGAACCAGGAACUCCAGGAAAAGGUGCGAACUAUCACCCAGGUCAAGAAGAUCGGACGCCGCUACAAGACUCAGUAUGAUGAACUCAAGGUGCAACAUGAUAGGUUGGUAGCUGAGGCUGCAGCAGGCCCAGCCCAAGAAGAGGAGGCUCGUCAAGCCACGGUUCAGGAGCUGCAGAGUCUCAGAGAUGCAAUGACUCAGGCUGAAGCCAGGAACAGAGAGCUGGAAGGACAGCUUGAGAACAUCAACCAGGUGGUUGCAGAGCGUGAGACUGAAGGGCGUAAUGCCCAGGAACAGUCCACCAGGCUGCAGGCAGAGCUGACCCGGUUGAGGCAGGAGCUGCAGGAUAAAGCUACUCAGGAGGACACGCUGAGACAGCAGAUGACUGACAAGGAUGACAAGACCAGAAAGGUCAUGCUUAAUGCCAAGCAGAAGAUCGGCCAGCUCAAGGGCUCUAAUGACCAGCUUCAGAAGGAAAACGAGGAGCUAAAGCAACAACGUGAGGAGCUGGAGGUGCGAGUGAGCGCUCUCAAGUCUCAAUACGAGGGCCGCCUGAGUCGACAAGAGAGAGAACUGAGAGACCUGCGAGGACAGCAGGAGAGGCAAGAGCAGAGAGAUGAGCCACCUGAGGCAGGACCCAGCAAGACCCAGGAGCAGCAGAGGAGCACAGAGCAGAGACAGAUCAGUCUGAAGACGACACCAGCUGCAGACAGGGGCAGUGCCAGCACAUCUGAGCCUCCAACUGCCAACAUUAAACCAACGCCUGUGGCUACAGGGAGCAAGCAACCUGUCAAUCCAGGAAACAAACCCACUCCGAGAGCAAGCAUCAGGCCAAUGAUUACCCCAGCCACUGUACCCACCCCGACACCCACAGCUACUGUCAUGCCCACCACACAGGUGGAGACCCAGGAAGCCAUGCAGUCGACUGAAGGCCCACCAGUGGAGCAUGUGACUGUGUACGGCAGUGCCAGCGGCUCGGUGCGCUCAGCCAGCCCCAACGUUCAGACAACAUUAGCGAGCCCCAUGCUGACUGUACAGCAGACACAGACACAGGCCACAGCGUUUGUCCAACCGACUCAGCAGCAGAGCAUGACCCAUGCCGAGCCAGCCAAUCAGGAGCCACCAACCGUGGUCAUUGAGGCAACACCUAGCUCGCAGGUGGAAUGGCCCUCAACAUCCUCCACCUCCUCUGUGUUUGGGACUGUUUCAGCAACACCAGGCACCUCCUCCAUGUCCAAGAGGCCUCGUGAGGAGGAAGAGAGCGCCACCAUGGUCCCUGACACAGAGUCCACCCAGGAGGAAACCCCUCGGGCUCCUAUAUCCAAGAAGCUCCGCAUUGUCCAAAGAGUGGGUCCCGAGGAGGAGGUGGUUGUGGAGGACAGUGCUGAGGCUGAGGGGGUGGUGCCAACAGACAGUCAAGACGGUGCAGAAGCAAGCCAGACAGAGGAGUUUCCAGUACUGGAAGAAGGAGAUGAGGGAGCAGCCUCACAGUCCAUUAUGACAGAUCAAGAGGUCACCCUGACCCAAAGUGAAAACCCUGAGAGGAUGCAGUUGGAAGUCAUCGUCAUAGUUACAGACACAGAGAGUGAGGAUGACCAGGAAGAGGAGGAGGAAGAGGAAGAAGAGCAGGACUACGAUGAGGAGGAAGAAGAGGAAGAAGAAGGGGAGGAGGAGGAGGAUGAAGAAGAUGAGGAGGAAGAUGACGGCGAGAUGGGGGAGGAAGGAGAGGACAGCAACGAUGGCAGUGGAGAAGACAACGAGGCUUAUGAAGGAGAUGACACAGAGGGAGCUGAUGUAAUGGACCCGGGCACAGAGACAGAGGAGAGUCUGGGGGCGUCUGACUCCACCCAGAGACCCGCAGAUUCCCAGACAUCCAGCUUCGAGGGCAGUACGAUGGAGUCCUUCUCUACAGAACAACCAAUCACAAGCUCUGGUACACGGAUGCCCCAGUCGCCACGGAGACCAACACACCAGAUGCCCCCUCGCCUGAACAUCACCCCGACAUCAGAUCUGGGACCACCUGCUCAGGUUCAGCGUAUCCCAGUCCGCCGUCAGUCGGUGGGCAGAGUCCCUCAGCUCACCUCCGGAGUGCCGAGCAGUUCUCAGCACUUCUAUGACGAUGAUGACAGGAUGGUUCCCAACACUCCCACUCUGGUGGUGCACCGCUCUGAUGGGUUUGACCAGGCCAUCCAUUCUCCUCAAGUGGCAGGUGUGCCUCGCUUCAGGUUUGGUGCUUCUGACGAAGUGCCACAGACCAGCUCGUCCUCGCACUCUGACCUGGGACAGCUCGCGUCUCAAGGAGGUCUUGGGAUGUUUGAAAGCCCCUUGUUCCUCGCAAGUCAUGAGGAGGAGUCUGGUGGGCGCAGCGUUCCCACUACACCAUCACAAGUUGGAGCACCAGUAACUAUCUUCUCAGAGGCAGCACAGUCUGACACCACUGAGCACGCAUCCCAGUCUGUUCCCAUGGUGAGCACGUCCACAUCAGGCCUGGUCGUGCCAGGAGCAGCCGGCACAGGGGAGGACCGAGACGACGUCUUCCUGGAGCCAGACAGUGAUAGGACCAGUGGAGAAGUUUCUGUAGACCUGGUGGUGUCACAGGGAGAUAUGGAGGAGCCAGGCCAGCAGUCUGACAAGGCCAGCCUCCCCUCCGCCAACCAGGAGCCCUCCUCCAGCUCUGCAGAUACAAGUAGUGCUCAACCGAAACCCUCUAGACCUGGACCCAGCAGACAGCUGCAGCGCUGGCCAGAGCACCGCGGUGGCCGCAUGAAGAGAGGAGGCCAGGGGUUUCCUUCUCGGGGUGUACACGGGAGACGAUUCGCAAGAUGAAGAACUCGUCAGAAAACGUGACAAUGAGAACUUAAAAACAUAUUUUCCAAUCAGUGUGUUCAAUUGCUGUAAUCAGCCUUGAUAAUGUUCC